AUGCAGUUGACCAAAUGCCUGGCCCAUCUCAAGCUCAGUCCGUUCCCUCUGGCAGCUAUGUCAACUAUUUUACGUCCAGCGUAUUUUCCACAGUGGAUGGAGGACAUCCGUAUCCUUUCUAUGGAGAACAAUCUGGCCAAGGUCGUUAUUGAACUUCAGCUACAUCUUCUGAAAAUGAUUUGA